AAUGUGUGCAUGCGGGGAGAAGGAAAAGAGGAACAAUCUGUUCGAGACUCCCGCUCUCUCUCUCUCACACGCACACUCUCUCCCUCUCAACCACUCUCCUCAAUGGAGCCCAUCAGGAGAAUGCAGCCUACAGGUCUGGCCAAAGGCCGAGUGGUUAAAGGGGAGUCCAUGGACGAGGGAUUGGAGCCACCUGGGGACCGAGAAGAGAGCGAUACGUCAAGAGACAAUGAGUUAGCUGCCAGGUUGGUAUCCUCCCCCCGAGUAGAGGAGGAGCUGAGCAGGAUCACUGAGAGCACUGAGGUGGGGAACGGACACCGGAGCCCCGCCGCCCUUGUUUCCCAGGACAACGACUCACAGGUGGUCACACAGAAUGGGAUGUUGGAGAUGGACCCGCCUCACGGUUCCACCACCGGAAGUAAUGGAUAUAUCCUCAGCAAGCAGCAGCAGGAGGGAGGGGCUUCGACGGGGCCCGGCUUGGCAGCUGCCCCACACAGGACUAACUGGUCCCCCUCGGGCACCACCGUUGUGGGACACACCGCCAAAAUGUUCCCAUCAUCGACAGCUGGUCACGCGCACAGUCUGGAAUCACUAAGGACUGACAUCCAGUGUGCCGAGUCGCUGUCAGGACAAGGGGGCUCAGACCCAGAGAUAAAAAACGGCACAUCGCCAAGCCACUCCCCCAGCCCCUCCCCGCGGUCUAACGCCAUACACAGAGCCCGCAAAACCAUGUCCAGGCCAGCGUCCAUCCAGACGCUAAAGCUUCUAAACAGGGAAUUAAAGGAACCAAACUGUUCAGAAGAGGAGAGUCAAAAUGGACCAGAGGAGAAGGUGAAGACCCAGAUGUCCCCUUCACAGAACCAGUUACUUCAGAGCCAAAACGAUGUGCCGCCUGCCGCCACAGCUAAAUCCCAGACAGCAGUGUCAGCUUCAAGGAAGAAGAAAAGGAAGAUGGGAACAUACAGCUUGGUACCCAAGAAAAAAAACAAAGUGCUGAGGCAGCGGACGGUGCUGGAAAUGUUUAGUCAACUUCAGCCAUCAACUCAAAGCGCAAAGCCUAAGGAGGUAGCACACGUGAACGGGGAAAGGGUGGAGAACAAGUCAGAGGAGGAAGAGUGGGAGGAUGGAGAGGAGUGGGAGGAAGAUGAGGAGCAUGGCGAAGAGGAAGGCGUUCCUGCAGGUCAGGAGAAGUGUCAAACAUCUGGCCCAGCCCUUCAGGGGGAUCCUGGAGAGGAGGUUGACUCUGAGGAAUCAGCUGAAGAUGAAGGGGAAGAAGAAGGGAAUGAGUCAGACAUGAGCUCAGAAUCCAGCAUGAAGAAGAGGUUGAAAAAGAAAGCAAAGGGAGACGAUGCCUGGCUCCGGCCAUCCAGGAAACGGAAAAGGAAGCUCAAGCCCAAGACUGAGGGACUCCCUGGGACAGGCAUCGGGCCCCAGGCAAGCCUUGCUAAGGAGUACACAGAGGUUCCCCUAGACUCACUCAACCUCAAAGCGCAGGAGGAGCUGCUUUCGUCACAGCACACUGGAAUAUCUGGGACUGUGGGGGUUGUGGAGGCGGACAUGGUUCAGGAGCUUCCCCUCUGCAGCUGUCGCAUUGAGACUCCCAAGAGCCGGGAGAUUCUCACCCUGGCUGACCGGAAGUGCAUGGCCACAGAGAGCGUCGACCGACAGCUGACUCAGUGUCAGAGUGCGGUUCUGAAGCAUGAGAUGAUGCGACCCUCGAACUCGGUGCAACUGCUGGUGCUGUGUGAGGACCACCGGGCCGGCAUGGUUAAGCACCAGUGCUGCCCCGGCUGUGGCUUCUUUUGCAGGGCCGGCACCUUUAUGGAGUGCCAGCCAGACGUCAACAUCUCCCAUCGUUUCCACCGAGCCUGUGCCUCUGUGCUGAAAGGCCAGACCUUCUGUCCACACUGUGGAGAAGAAGCCAGCAAGGCCAAAGAGGUCACCAUCGCCAAAGCCGACACCACUUCCACAGUGCCGGCCACAAACACUGCACACAGCCCUGCCACGCCUAUGGUCACAGAAGGCCGGGCUGACACCACCACUGGAGGUCUGUCCCAUUCUGUGGAAGGUGAUUUAAGUGGCCGAGCAGACAGCUCUCACUCCGUCCAUCCUGGGCAAACGCUGGACACCACCUUCCCAGGGGGCUCCAGAACUGGAGUACUACAUCCGGCUGUGGGCAUUGGGAUGGGAACCGGAGUGGGCGCCGCCCCUAAAGAGACAUUAGAGAGCAUCCUCCUGGCACUGGACACUGAGAAGCCCAAGAAGCUACGGUUUCACCCCAAGCAGCUGUUCCUCUCUGCCAAACAGGGGGAGCUACAGAAGGUCCUGCUCAUGCUAGUGGACGGGAUUGACCCUAACUUCAAGAUGGAGAGCCAGAGCAGACGAACCCCCCUCCAUGUGGCAGCUGAGGCAGGCCACCAAGAGAUCUGUCACCUGCUGGUCCAGUCGGGGGCUAACCUGGACAUCUGUGAUGAGGAUCAGCGUACUCCGCUGAUGGAGGCCUGUGAGAACAACCACCUCGAUACAGUCCGCUACCUACUUAGUGCAGGAGCCAUCGCCAGUCACAAGGAUGUGGAGGGGUUCACUUGUCUCCACCUAGCUGCAAAGAUUGGCCAUUACAACAUUGUGGAGCAUCUCCUCUCUACAGGACACAUAGACAUCAAUUGUCAGGAUGACGGCGGUUGGACAGCCAUGAUCUGGGCAACUGAGUACAAACACCUGAACCAAGUGAAGCUGCUGCUCAGUAAAGGUGCUGAUAUCAACAUCAGGGAUAAGGAGGAGAACAUCUGUCUCCACUGGGCAGCGUUCUCUGGCAGUGUGGAGAUUGCAGAGCUUCUCCUAGAGGCCAAGUGUGACCUACACGCUGUUAACAUCCAUGGAGACUCACCUCUGCACAUUGCUGCACGGGAGAACAGGCUUGAAUGUGUCACGCUCUUCUUGUCUAGUGGGGCAGAUGUCACCCUGAAGAACCGUGAGGGGGAGAUGCCGCCGGACUGCUGCAGCCACAGCUCCAGGGUGUGGCUCACUCUUCAGACUAACAGGAGGAUUAAGGAGGCCAAGAGCAAUACACAGGGGGAGAAGGUCCUCAACAGAGACAUUGCCCGAGGUUAUGAGAGAGUUCCUGUCCCCUGUGUCAACUCUGUGGACUGUGAGCCCUGUCCGGACAACUACAAAUAUGUACCAGCCAACUGUGUCACCUCCCCCAUGAACAUAGACAAGAACAUUACACACUUACAGUACUGUGUGUGUAAAGACGACUGUUCAUCGAGCAGCUGCAUGUGUGGCCAGCUGAGCCUACGCUGUUGGUAUGACAAAGAUGGUCGUCUGCUCCCUGAGUUCUGCUGUGAUGAACCACCCCUCAUCUUUGAGUGUAACCAUGCCUGCUCCUGCUGGAGAAACUGCAAGAACCGUGUGGUGCAGAAUGGACUGAGGGUGCGGCUCCAGUUGUUCCGGACCAGACGGAUGGGCUGGGGAGUCAGGACACUGCAGGAAAUUCCCCAGGGGACGUUUGUGUGCGAGUACGUUGGGGAGAUCAUAUCUGAUGCAGAGGCAGAUGUCAGGGAAAACGACUCCUACCUGUUCAACCUAGACAGCAAGGUGGGUGACGUGUACUGCAUUGACUCCCGUUUCUAUGGCAACAUCAGCCGGUUCAUCAACCACAUGUGUGAGCCAAACCUGUUCCCCUGCCGGGUGUUCACGACGCACCAGGACUUGCGCUUUCCCCAUAUCGCCUUCUUUGCCUGCGAGACCAUAAAGGCUGGGGAAGAGCUGGGUUUUGACUACGGCGACCAUUUCUGGGACAUCAAGGGGAAGCACUUCAGCUGUGAGUGUGGCUCUCCCAAGUGCAAGCACUCAGCGGCAGCCAUCGCCAUGCGCCAGGCUGACAGCUCGCCCCAGGAGCAACAGCCUAGUGCCCUCCCUGACACCAGCUCGUCCACCGCUCCUUCCUGAGCCACCCACAUCCUCACCAAUAGGACUUCCAGGCCAGCGGAGAAGCAUCUCCAUUCCUUCCAAAUAGAAACCUCCGGUCCCUGUUGCGCAUGUCCCCAGAUGCCCCACCUUUACCCCCAGGGGAACAAUCACCACGAUUAACCUUCAAGUCCACUAAGACCCACAGUAAACCUGCAGAAACCCCCAUGCUUCAUGUAUCAUACAGCUCUACAAUUACCUUCUUACCAGCACAGACUCUGAACUUUUACUGAAACUCCCCCUCGGUGCAGGACACAUUGGACAGGAAGACAGUCUGAUUGAUUUGUGUCUGAAGUGCCAUGAACAACUUUUAUAGAGAGGAAAACGCACAGCUAUGAGCCUGGCCCUUGUUUUGUUGGUUCCAAUUGUAGUUCUCAAACCUGCUUUGUGCUCUAUCCUAGACAGUUGCAAUCUGGGUAAUGGUGUUUCCCUGCCAUUUUUCUGAAUCAAGUUUGUACUAAGCAACGUUGUUUAUCAUGAAAAACAUUUGCACAGUGUGAAAGGCAUUUGUAGCAUGAGAGUGCCCUUACCCUCUCACCUGAUACCAUAGACAUUUACAAUGUUCAUGCACAAUUUGUUAAUUGAUUUAUUUACCUCAUAUAUUUUGAUUGCAAAGAGGAUAGGAGACUUAAGUCAUUAUCCUAUGUUUUUAAUAGACAACUUUUAUUUUGCAUUUUUACAGGAAAAUUGUGCUAAAAUAAAUAACGGAAAGAGACUUGAAUUGAAACUAUAUUAAAAUAUUCCGAAUUUAAAUCAGAUUUUCUACAUCAAGUUAAGUGUAUAAUAUGCAGGACAUCAAAUAUUAGGUUAUGGAAAGGCCUUUGGAGAAUAAUCAUGUGCACUGAGAACUACCAAUUUGAAUUCGUUAGGAGACUGACCACUCAUCUGGUCUGUUCCUAGGGCUGGAGUUAAGUAGGCAUUGUUCAGUAAAUAGUCUUUUUUGACCACACAGUAGUGACAGAUAUAUCUGUCAUGAAUUUCCUCUACACGUUGAUCUUUUUUCUAUUAACUACGGUUUAUUGAAAACAGUUUUGCCCCCUUUUAGAUUCUAUAUGUUUGCACCUAAUAUUAGAUUGUGUGUUUUACUACAUAAACAUGUAGUUCAACAAUUUCCCUGUAGGUUAAAGUAAUUGCCCCUUAAAUGCAAUUGGGUAGUGAGUUCUUAUGCCUUUAACUGUAAUUAAUGCAAUCAGAAGCUUCCUGUAGUUCUGUCUCUAACAUUACUUUGGAGGUCUUUUGGCUCACUGUUCUGUGCAAAACUACCUUUUACACAGAAAUAUUUGUUAUUAAGUCUGGACAUUGGCUAAACAAUUGUGAAACUUUAAAAUGUUACUUCUCACAAGUAUUUGACUAUGGUGUUGCUGUUUUAUCCCAGUUGGGUGUUUUUUAUGAGAACAGUUGUAAGACGUCUGUAGCAAGUGAGUUACCAAACCAUGAUGCUUCUACAAAAAACGAUUAUUCUGAGGACAUAUAUGUCUAGUUCUGUUAAAAACAUGCAUUUCACCAGAUUAUUGUUAAUUCUAAGCACAUAUUGUCAUUAUCAAAAUAUGUCCUGAUUUGAAAUUAGCUUAUUUUUCAAAAUCCUGAUGUUUCCCCCUGUUAUUAACUUAACACUGUAUAAAUGUCCUGUGGAAACUCCCAUUGGUUUUUAAUAGAUUUUAAUCACCCAUAAAACAUAGUUUACAAUUUUAGUUAAUUGAUUCACUUACUAGUCUUCAGUCUUCAUACACUUUACCCCAUCCAUCCUUUUAAUUUUGAAAAGUCUAAAAAGAUAAAAGUUAAAAAUAUUUUUUAAAUGAUUUGUAAAUUUAGUUUUUUGCUAGUAAUAUACAUUUUUCUAAUUGUGGUAAAAUGCAUUAUAUAUGUUCAAAUAGCAUGGUAUGUAUAAAAUAGCAAUCCUUAUCUCCAUGAUCCAAUACAACAAAAUGUGUAUUUCCCCUUGAGUUCUCCAUUAGCUUACUCUGAUGCAGCUUAAUUCAUGGUUACUUCAAUGAUGGCAAGUCAUCCAAAUUUAUUCCAGCUGCUUCUUGAAUGUGCAGUUCAUGCAAAAAAAAAUAAUAUGUUGCUGUGGGCAGUGGGCCAGUAUUCCUAUAGCAAUUUAACAGGUUGAUCAACAAGUUCCGGAAGCAUUUUGGUUACAGUCAUAGCAUGUACUAGGUGAUGCAACCAGUUAUAAGUAUAAGGGAGCAAUUGCAUUUUAACCCAGGUGAAUUUGGGUUGUGCGUAACUUUUAAAUAAAUGAAAUACAUUGCACAAAUUAUCAUUGUUCACCCAGGUUGCAUUUAAUAUUAGGAUUUUGUUGACAAUAUUCUUUGUCAGAAGUAUGCAAUAACUGAGAAAAUAUGAAGGGGGGCAAAUACUUUUUAAAUCUACUGUUCUCUGCAGGAAAUUGAGGACUAUGUGUAUUUGAGCAUUGGUUUUCAAUUAAAUGGCCCAACAUUAAGGAGGAAUUGAGGAAUAAAGUGCAUAUAUGGUUUUGGUUGGAAGUUAGCGCUUUACAGUUAUGUACCAUAUGUAAAUGUAUUAGCAUACUCUACCUGCAAAAUAAAAAAGGUGGAUAUUC